AUGCGCGUCUCGUCUAUUCUCGUUGCCCUCGCCACAACCCUGGCCCUGGGUGAGGCCAAAAAGAUCAACAUGCACUGCAACUUCGCGGCUGACAAGUCGGGCAUGAUCCAGCAGCCCUACUGCUGCCGUGAUCUGAAGCCGGCGCCAAACAACGGCAACAUCAACGAGGCUUCAGACUGUGAGCUCAUCCAAGAGCCCCAGCUGUGCGAGGACCGCUCUCGACCCGCUUGCUGUUACGAGAUUGGCCCAAAGAAGAUUUGCACGAAUCACGUUAUCUUCCAGGAUGCGAGCAGUGUCUAA